AUGUACCGAGAUUUGCUUCGUCUCUGGCGCUGUCUCCGCCCGCAGUCGUGUCAGAUCCGCUUCCGGUCUAUUUUCCCGUUCGGUCAAGGUCCCAAGCGUAUCCCGAGUGUCAGGGAUGAGUGUGGUCCGGGUUUUGUGCCAACAGAGGAGAACCUCAAGCAGUGCGAUGAGAUACACAGAAGUGCUAUCAAGAGUCGUGGCGUUGGUACGGAGGGCAGAAUGACGGCGGAGUUCGUGGAGAAGUACCACACUCUGCAGGGGCUUGAGAAGUACCCAUACGUUUAUCUCUGGGAAUGGCAGGUGCCCCUCGUAAAUGCAGGCGCGAAGGGCGACCUCGUGCUUGCAUCCGGGGAUGGGGAUUUCGCCGUGGUCGAGCUCAAGACGCUUGACAUGCAGUCGUCGGGCCCAACAGUCAGAAGGAGGAGAACUAAAAAGCGUGAGCAUGUGGAGCAGCAGGCAAUCGCAUAUUUGUGUUUGUUUGCGCAGCUGGACAGGGAGAUAGCCGCUUUGGGCAUUGUGCCAGCAGUGAGUGCAUGGGUAUACACCGAGGAUGGCUUGAAGAAUGCCGUGCCCAACUCUUGGUUUCGGGGCUGGUGCGAGCAAUGCCAGCUUCGCCCUGGUCCAGGUUGCUACCCUGAGCUUAUCUUCGGGAAGACCGCCACCACUUCUGAGCCAGAGAAUCGGCAGGACUGCCAGUGUCGUUGCCAGCGCUGUCGAUGUGCUUUGGUGUACUGUAGAUAG